AUGUAUGGAUCACAGAACUAUCAGCAGCCUCCGUGGCAGCAGCAGCCCCCUCUGCCUCCUCCACCACCGCUCCCCCCGGCCGGUGACCAUUCUAAACCAUGGCACGGAGGCGACCAGACACAGAACGUACAGCCGCAGUCGAUGUAUAACCCGAACACUUAUGGUCCUAUGCCCGGAACCCCGUCAUUAGAACAGGGUCAGCAAGACACAUCGCAGUGGGGGGUUCGAUAUAACCAGCAGUUCGGCCACCAGCAUCAGCCUAGCGCCCACGACCAGCAAAACAUACCACCGCCGUUGCCGCCGCGUCCAGCCAGUGCGUUCGAGUUCUCCCAAGGGCAUAAUCAAAACCAGCAGCAACAGCCGCAGCAACAGCAAUGGCAACAGCCUCCCCAAACCAGCCAACCAUAUUAUCCCCCAAACCAAGGAAUAAGCACCCCCGAAUAUCCGCCAGUUCAGCCACCUCCUCCUCAGACGUCAUGGCAGCAGCCGCCACCCCCCGCUGAUCAUAGCUAUGGCACCAACCAAGGUGUUCCGCCGCAACCGCCGCCGUUACCAUUGGCUCUGUGUCAACAUCCUCCAACUCAUCAAUACGAUCCAGCGCCCCAGCAGCAGCAACCACAUCAGCAACAACAAACGCCAUAUCAGCAUGAUCAGCAGCAAUAUCAAUUUCCGCCGCCGGAGCAGCACCCAGUUGUGUCACCUCCUGCACCUCCUGUAGCUCAUAAUGUUGACAGUUCAGGGAAUCAAAGCUACUUCCAACCACCAGCGGGAGGGAUGCGUGAUCACCUUCACAGUCCCCCUCCCGAUGGCAACCUGCAACAGCCACUUCCUCCUGCAACUCAAGCACCAGAGACACAUGCACCAGCAGCUUCUCUAGCCCCAGCUAUUUCUCCACUUGCUUCUCAAGCAACUAUUGCUGCAAGCACCCCACCCCCUUCUACUACUGUGGGGCCUCCUAGCACGGCCACCGCAGCGGGGACUGGUGCAUCAGCUCUUGGAUUUGGCGGCCCUUCUGAUUGGGAACAUUUUACCUCCAUGGAAGAAGAUGUAGACGAUACUGCCGAAUUCCGUGCUAGGACUGAUACUUCUGUCAGCAAGAAGAAUACAUUCGAGUUACCGUCCGACCCACCUCCUCCAGUCGCGGUAUCCAAUGUCCAAGAAGCUUCUCAGCAACCAACCAAUAUACCUUCAGGCCAAGUGUCGCCGGAACAACAUCCGCGGUUAGGUUCGCAUGAAAUUUCUCCUAUUGGUGCGGCUAACCAGCCUACCCACAGUCAAGCCGGCGAUCUAUUUGGUCGUCUAGAUAGUAUCAGUUCUGUGGGCUCUAGUACACCUGCUGAUUCCAAGGCAAUCGACGGCGUCAUUGAAGCAUGGUCACAGCCAGUUACCACUGGUAAUCAACAAUCUAGUUAUUCAGACUCGAAGGCACACCAACGUUCAAAUACAAUCUCAACAUUUGAAUACCCUCGUGUGAAUACUCCAAUCUCUCGCAUUCAUGCAUCUCCAUUACAAAGCCCAAUGCGUUCAGUAUCUAGAGCCGACGGUCAACCAAUACAGUCAAUUGUCACCAUUUCAGAUCCAUAUGAAGAUCUUGAUCCAUGGUAUAAAUCAUCCUUGACGCGCUACGUCACCAUGCUUCGUAAAGAGAUGGAAACAGAGUCAGAGGAGGAAAAGUAUAAGCUCUUCUCGGCUUUUAUGCACAAGGAGUCAAAAUUGCGGGCGAUUCUAUAUAAUGUGGAGAAUUUCCUUGAACAACCGCCUGCAACGAAACCUGAACCUGCGCCUACUCCUGCGCCUGCACCAGCUCCUUCUACCUCUGCUCCAAUGCCAAGCUCGACGGUAGACGAUGCUCUAGUGCCAUCACGGGAGGCACCGUCAAAGAUAGUUAUCCCUAACCCUCCGACGCCCAGUGAACUGGACGAUGUAGUCUCUUAUAGCCCCGGUGGGAUGCCACGGCUCGCUUCUGCACUCAGUAAUCAGACGCGAAAAAACUCCGGCUCAGAUGGGUUGCAUCGAUCAGCAUCAAAUCCAACUCGUCCUCAAGCAAAAACCGAUGGUGCCAAUCAAGUUCCCAGCUCAAAUUUGGGUAUAUCUCACGCUAAUCCGUCUAGAUCAGUCUCCGUUCCCCCGGAGUCUGCCGUAAGGCCAACAAAUAACCCACCAUUCACUGUUGAGCCACCACAUGCAGUCUACACGCCAUUCCGCUAUAAUGAGGGAUCGCAGAAAGGUUCACCCACAACCCCAAGUCGUCCAGCUUACCAGGGGUACUCAGCCCUGCGCCUGGCGUCAGUAGAAAGUGGCCGUGUAAUGGCUCAGCCCUCGUUGCAAGCUCCUCCAGCAUUUCCCUCAGAACGCUCAGCGUCACGGGCUGAGCACGAUGAAACGUUCCUCGGGCUGAUUAGAGAGAAGAGUGUGGCUUACCGCAGCCACCGGCCCGGAACUAGUCUGUCAAAUAGGCCAGCUUUGCCCAAGAAAGGCUCGCCAACUGUAACCUUCGAUGAGUUACAGACUUUAGUUCCUGGCCCGCCGCCCCGCCUUGAAAGUAGCUCGCGAGUUGCCAUCAUAGGUGAUGAAGUCGAACAUUUCCCCCAAGACUUUACUUUUAUUGAAAAAACACACGAAGCUUGGGAUAAUAGUGCUACCGCUCGUCAAGUACAGGUCAACGCCCAGCGUCAAGCUCGUCAGGAAGAAUCGGAAAGUCAUAUUGACUCGCUCUUUAAUGAUAAAGAGAUAGGGUACUCCGACAUCAACGUAUUAGAGGAUGAAUUCAAACAGACCGAGGCUCAGAUACAACUGAAUGAAGAGCGAAAGGAGUUUGAAAAAUAUGUGGAGAUUGUGUUUACCCGCGUUGAUGAAAGACUCGCUUCGGAGAUCAAGCGGCUACAGCAUCUGUAUAAUGAGACAGCCGAACUUUUGCAGCCAGAAGGAGGAAAACCGUCAGGGUUAGGGAAAUUCGAGCUCUCCUAUGCAAUGCGUAAUGCAGUGGAUAUUUUCCAGAAGCUCGAGCUCCGCCAUGCUAAGCGUGUGGCUGGAGUUCUCGAGCGCGAACGACGCCGGAAGAAGGCUGAACGCCGGUACUAUGUUUUCCUAGGUGAUACUGCAGCAUUAAAACAAAUGGAGAAGGAAUUCACAGCACUGGAACAAAAGACGCUCCUAGAUGCAGCUAAAGCCAGAGACGAGCGAACAAACAAGUUGAUGGACGUGUUUGAUGACGCAAGCAUGCGUGGAAUUGGUGAGAACCAGCGCUUGCUCGACGACAUAUCAGCCAAAAUCAACAAAUUUGACACGGACCUUAUUCGUUCUACCCCUAGCAUUGUCCCCACUGGUGGCGUUAAAUUGUUACAGAACACUUUGGAGUUUGUGAAAUUUCUCGGCGCCAAUUCAGAGUCCGUGCUGGAAAGCUUUGGUGUCGCGGAUAGAUUGUUAAAUAAUGCUGACUACGACAUCUCUGUGGCUGAAGCCAAGGUCGCAGACUCUAGUGCAGAUAUAUUCCGCCGCCUUGAAGAAGAGAAGAAAAAAGAGGAUAAGAAGAUCGAAGAUGAUUUGCAAUCUAGAAUGUCUAGUGUUCGGACUAGUCACCGCGCUAUCAUCAUGAACAUCGAAGAGGUCCUAGAAUCAGUGGAGGAGGCUGUUGGUAGUGGCACCGGUGCUUCUUUGACACCGCCUUCAGGCUCCAACUCCAGGCCUCAAGCCACGUCUUCUCCUGGUGGUACAGUCUCAUCGACUACUCCUCCGGCUUUAGGCGUUGGUGUCUCAACUCCCCCAAACACGAACACAAUAAGUGCGGAGCAGCAGCAGCAAGAAAGGUUGAGAAAGGCGUUAGAGGACGCAAAGAAGAGGAAUGCAGAGAAAGGACACACUUGA